UGGGCAAAGCCAACCACAACGCAUCUCUCCUACAUCCAAUACGAAGCGUUCAGCUGCUAUUGCAGCCGUAGCACAGCCCUGGCGGCUGCCUCUGCGGCUGCGACUAGAAUCAUGAAGAAGAAAGCUAGGCCUGCUGAGAAUACGAUUGUCGAUUCAUGAUGGCCGACGCUGCCGAUGAGACUUCCUCCGCACCGACUACAGCCUAUGGCACAACCGUAGGCGACAUCGACAGGACCGUUUCCACCACAAACGCAGUCCUUCUCCUUGUCGAUCGGUGGGUUGGCAAGCCAAUUGCUUCGUUGGCCAAGAGCAGGAGCGAUGCACAAGUGCUGAAGGAGAGCCUCGGAGAAUGGGCGACGGAAGCAUACGAUGCUCAGAGGCGCCUGAUGAUACCGGUCCUGCGCAAAGAUGCGUUCAUCAAACAUCUGCUCGACACCGAUGGCAAGAUCACACCCUCUGUGCCUUGCACAGCGACGGCUCCGUGGGCACAUUUCCUGUGUGCCUUGAAUAUCCGUCCUGGCAUGGGCAUCACGCAGUGGAAACCGGCCGGCCAGGCACUACGACUCGACAACGGAAGCCCUCGGCUCCACUUGGAAGUCGACGGCGAGGUUCUUUGCCACGUCAUCAACUUCUACAUUCUGGACACGUACUCCGCUGGUGAACUUAUCAGCAGAUAUGACGUUGGCCCUGUACAGGCGAUAACCUGCAAACUGCAGUUUGGAACACUGCGCUUCUUAAAGACCGAGUCUACUGAUAGCAACCCCAUCUCCGAAGUCAAAGCAGAAUUUGAAGCCGGGACUUUUGCAGACCUGGCAAGCCGGCGGGAACCUUUCGCAGUGCCUAACGAAACCGCCCGAUUUGAAGGAGGAACUGUAUAUGCACACUACCAAAAUGCAUUGAAUCACGGCGUUUCGAAUACACAAGCCAAAUUUCCACCCAAUGCAUCGCUCACCACGAGACUGGCCGCGCUGUUAGCCAACGCAAAUAUAGGAAGGGCAGCAACCCGAUCUGAGCCACUUUUACUCACUCACGACUGGCUACACGAGGCCAAUCGCAUUCGAAGGCGAGUUCUCUCACAAGGAGGACAAGACACCAGUUUUCUUGAUGACCUCGUAUCGGCCGUCGAUGGUCACGGGUUCAAAUAUUUGGAUCCAGCCUCGGUCAAAGACAGCCUCAGGUCACAGAUUGCCCUCGAGGGGAACUUCUUCCUGUACGCUUAUUAUGCCCGACACGGCCCUUGGGCCUCACGUGAUGUGGAGAAACCUAUUGACGUGGCAUUACCUGUGCUGAACCGUUACGAAAGAGAGCCCCAAGGUACCUGGAAGUAUACCUUGUUCACGGUAAAAUCGUCGGUGAUCAAGCUCCUGAAGAUGAAGGCCAACAUUGCAUGCAGCGAAUAUGUGAGGGUGUUGAACUUCGAUCGAGACUCGAAGCUGUGGAACGUGACAGUCAAACUCUGGUAGAUGGACAAGAGAAUGGCGGGAACGCUAGCAUAUCAGUAGUACCAACAGGCUAAUUCCUCCCCUGGAACUCGCAUGCUCUCGACAGUUCUUGACUGGCUAUGAGAACAUCGUCAGGCCUGGUAUCCAAUCCUUGGUGGUAUCUGGAAUGUCUGUGACCUUGGCCAGUGUUGACCUUGUUGAGUCUGGUUAAUCGCAAACCAUUUCAAGCGUCACGGCUUCAGCGACUAGGGAGCGGUGGGAGCUUCCGGAUUGAUGUGUGGCCUUCUAAAUCAAUUGCCGAGGGCCUAUUUGUCUUAUUACUCUGCCUACUUCGUAGAUCUCUGAUGUUGGGCGCUGUUCGAUGUACUCGUUACCAUGUCGACGGUUUUAAGGGCUGAAAGGGGCAAUGAGUACUUGUUUCGGCGCAGAUAUACCGAGGGUGAAUUGGUAUAGGCAUCAUUAUGGCACCCAAUAGGCGGCAGUGCCUGGCAUAAGCGAAAACCAUACCCUACCGACAGCAACUACAGUAACGUAUUCCGUACUAGGUAUGGAUAAUACUCUGAUAUAAGAUGGGAGGUGUGGGAAC